CUGUGUUCGGAUUCAGCGGGUUAGAAAAUGGAUGGUUGGAAGGUGUCCUGCUAGCCAGUUAGAGCAGAAUGAACACAAUGGAUGAAGCCGAUUUUAUUUUAAUAAUGCGUUUUAUUUAUAUAGUGCCUUUCUCAUAACCACAGUGCUGCCCACAGAAGGUGGCCUCUGUUGAGGACAUCAUAUGAUAUUUAGAUGUCAGCAUGGGAAGAGAAGUGGGAGGCAGCACUCCUGGUGGCAUGCCCACACCAGUGGAUGACAGACUGCUACUAAUCCUAUUAGGGUCAUGGCAGCCUAUGCCAGCCCUUUGGUCUGAACUGCACUCCUCCUACACUUGAAUGGGUGCGAUGGUUAAUCGAUUACAGGCAAGGGAUGAGUGGGGGAGGCAAAAUGACCCGGCUGUGGUGGGCAGUUUAGCCAGGACAUCAGGCAAUGCCCCAGUUUUUUCAAAAGAUGCUCAGAAAUCUUUUAGGAACACAGAGGGUCAAGACUUUGAGUUUAGUUAUGUCUGCUCUGCAGGACGGCUCCAUUUGUAUGGCAGUGAGACCCCGUCACUACAAUGGGCCAUUGGUAUCCACACAGAGACCACCGCGUAAGCGCCUGUUGAUGGCCUCGCCAGAAGUACAAGGACUGACUGGUUAGGAAAACCUGUUGGCACAAAAACCUCCAGCCUCAUGGGGGUCUCCAGGACCUGAAAUAGUAACCACUGGCUCAGAGGGCACGCAGGAGCACACCAUGGAACUCCUUCACGUUUUACUGCUCAGCGCCUGGUGUAACUUCAACAGGAGGUCCUUCAUAACCCUGCGUACUGCCUGCACUUUGACGAGGGCUCCUCUGUAAGUCAACCUGUUCACUUGAUGUUUGCUAUAAAAAUGACGGGUGACCGCGAUUUCUUUUUUUAUUUAAUUAUUAGAAAGUGCCGUACUCUUGAAUUGGUUACAGAUGUGUUCAGAUUGAAGAAUGGGUGUCCAGUGGUGGUUCCAGCCUUGUGCCCAAAGCUUUCUUGUACCCCGUGUUCAGGAUAAGUGGGUUUGAAAAAUGGAUGAUUUAUCUGCAGGAGAGAGGGUGCGGACGAAACAAUAAAGCCCACCACUCCAUUGAAGUUCAUGUGUUACCGGCACUCAAACAAGGAGAUAAAACGGGGGGUGGGCAUUCAAUUCCUAUAAAUGGCGUGGGGGUCAAUACUUGAAGGAAAGCCGUCAAACUGGCCUGCAGCAAUCCUGUUCCUUGGCCAGGUGGUGCAUCUCAAGUAUACAUGAGCCCCGUUUACACUAAGGCACGGGUGCUGCCAGUAGAUGAGGCUACCCAGGACACUUUCUCCACACCGUGUGCCUGGCGUUUCCAUUUUUAACUGCAGCGCCAGUUGUCUUCCCAAAAUAACUUCCAUUCCUUCGCCUUAUAAGUCAAGGAGCUCCCAGCCCAGCACAGCCGCCCGCCGGCUGACCUUCUGCAAACCUCGCAGAAUGAACAUCACGGAGCUGAACCGGGAGUGUCUCCUGCACGUCUUCUCCUUUUUGGACAAGGAGAGCCGGAGAAACGCGUCCCUGACCUGCCGCCGCCUGCGCCUCCUCUUCCACGACACCGCGCUCUGGCCGCUGCUCGUCUUUCACUCGCCGUCGGAGCUCCGCAGGGACAACUUCGUGCUGGGCGCCGCGCUGCGCCACCUGUCCAUCUGCUGGCACUCGAGCAGGGUCAAGGUGUGCAACAUCGAGGACUGGAUGAAGAGCUCCUUCCAGAGGGACCUAUGCCGCAAACACGAGGACAUCGUCGGCAACUUCCUGAGGAAAGUCUCCUCCAAGUGCCCCAGCUUGCGGUCCCUAAGCCUGGCGGGAUGUGGCCAUGUCACUGACCAGCAUGUAUGUGAAAUCCUACAGAGCUGUCCCAGGUUGAAAAGCCUCCAAUUAGAGAACUGUGUGCGGAUCACCGACCGGACACUUCACGCAGUCGCCACUUAUGGCACGAGCCUGGCGAGUCUCCGUGUGGAUUUCUGCCGUAAUGUGAGCCUGGCGGGUCUGCAGCUUGUGAGGACCACAUGUCCAGGGCUGGAGGUGUCGGCCGAGCGCAGUGGUGGGAUGAUACCAGACAGCCAGCCGGAUGAGCGGGAGAAGCUGGGAAGGACACUGCAGAAGCUGCUUCUGUACUCGUGAAGUGAUUGUCUGCUGCUGGGGGUCACGGCUAACAGGGUCCCAGCGUCA